AUGUUUUGUUAUUUUCACCUGAAAUAUCCAAGUAGAUAUCUGUUUAAAAAAUAUAUCGAUUUGAAGAAAAGUAAAAAUAUAUUUUUGUCAUUUCCAUAUCAGGCACUAAACUAUUCAAGCAAUGAUAUAAAAUGUUCACCUCAGUUAAUAAUAAAAUGUGUGAAUGAGACUUAUAAGUCUAAAUGUUUUAAUAAAAUAAAAUGGAAAUGUAUUCAGAAUGAUAUAAUAAAAAAUACAGAAAAGUUUAAUAUAACAGAAAUUAUAUAUUUAAUAAAUAUAUUAAGUCGUUUACAUAUUGGAUCAAAUAUUUUAAUUCACUUUAUACCAAGCAUUGUUUCCAAAUUAAAUGAUAUUAAGUAUGAUAAAAUUACACAAAUACUUAUAUGCUAUAUAAAAGCUAAUAUUAGAAAUAAACAAUUUUAUUAUGUUAUAUGUUCAAAUAUUAAUAAUAAUAUACAAAAGAUAUCUUAUUCUUUUUUAAUAAAAUUGUUAUAUACCUUGAACUUUUAUUCAUAUUUAAAUAAUGAUGGUUUUUUAAAUCUGGAAAAGAAAAUUAUUCGAUCCGUUAUCGACAAUUUUAAAUGCUUUUUAGAAUCUAACCAAAAUAUAAAUAAUAAGGAUCAAAAAAAUUCAAAUUGUAUAAAUCAUAAAAAAGAUACUUUAAUAGAUAAUACUAUUGGCAAUCGUCAUCAUAAUUGUAAUAGUGAUAUUUUGGAAGUUAACCCAAAGGAUACCACUUUAAAGAAAAAUAAAAAUAUAACAAUAGAACAAUUGUCUCACCAAAUUAUUCAAUCAGUAGAUGAAAAAAAUAUAUCAUAUCAACAAAAUAAUGUUUAUUUAAAAAAUUAUAAUUUUAUAUUACUCUUUUAUUCAUUGAGUAAUUAUUUAUUUCAUCAUAUUUUUAAAGAACAAUAUUCAUGUAUUAAUCAUAACGAUUAUAUAGAAAAUAAUACAAUUAUACAAUUAAAAGAUAAAUAUAUAGAAAUGUUAAAUAAAAUAAAUGAACCCAAAGAAAUUAAGACACUAGACGAAUUGAAUAUAUUCCAUACUUUAUUAUUAUAUAAAUCAAUAAUUAAUAUUAUAUAUAUUUCUGAUGAUGAUAUGUCUAUAAAAAAAGAAAUUUUCAUAUUUAAUCAUAUACAUGAAAAAAUAAGUAAUAAACUAAUUAUUAAUUUUAAAAAUGAUACUAUACAUAUAAAAGGAAAAACGAAUGAAUUAAUAAAAUAUAUGCAAAUUCUACAACAAAAUAUUAUACAGUAUAUGCAAAAAAAGAAAGAUCAUUUCCAAUUUUAUUUUAAAAAUAAUAUUUUAUUAAUUAAAAAUAUACUCACCAUAUUACAGGAAAAAAAUAAAAAUGAUAUUAAAAG